GGUAUGAAGGCCAGCUUCCUCUUGCCGCUCCAGCCCCUGGUCACUAAGAAGUUUACUUAUAACUUCCCCUCCUGUGGCCGGGAACAUGUACCAGAAAAACGAAACUCCAGAAAGCUAAGGUUGGCACUUUCACUUCCUCCUCGCCUUUUACCCCAGCUACUUUGAAUAGUGGGGCACUCACAGGAGCGAAGAGCCCACGGCUUCAGGACCCUGCGCUCCCAGGUGCUUAUAGGGUCAGCAGGCAUGUUUGCACACGGCCAUUGCCACUCGCACAAAAUGCCAGGAUGACUCCUUCUCAGGUCCUGGCUGGGACUCUGCUUCCAGCCAUGGCCUUCCUCGCCUGCGUGAGACCUGAAAGCUGGGAGCCCUGCGUGGAGGUGGUUCCCAACAUUACAUAUGACUGCAUGGAGCAAAAUCUCUACAAAAUCCCCAGCAGCAUCCCCUCCUCAGCCAAGCACCUGGACCUGAGCUUUAAUCCCCUGAUGUUCUUAGGAAGCCAAAGCUUCACCAGUUUUCCAGAACUAGAGGUGCUGGAUUUAUCCAGAUGUGAAAUUCAAAAGAUUGAAGAUGAUGCAUACUGGGGCUUACACUACCUCUCUACCUUGAUAUUGACAGGAAACCCUAUCAAGAAUUUAGCACCAGGAGCCUUUUCUGGACUACUCAGUUUACAGAAGUUGGUGGCCGUGGAGAUAAAUCUGUCCUCUCUAGAGAACUUCCCAAUUGGACAUCUCAAAACCUUGAAGGAGCUUAAUGUUGCUCACAAUCUUGUCCGUUCCUUCAAGUUACCUGAAUAUUUUUCUCACCUGAACAACUUGGAGUACUUGGACCUUUCCAAUAACAAGAUUCAAAAUAUUUAUCAUAAAGACCUGCAUGUUCUAUAUAACAACUCCAAACUCUCUUUAGACUUGUCUCUAAACCCAAUUGAUUUUAUCCAACCUGGUGCCUUUGACAAAAUGAGGCUUCAAGGACUGACUUUGAGAAGUAAUUUUGAUAAUACAAGUGUAAUGAAAACUUGUAUUCAAGGUCUGGCCGGUUUAGAAGUCAAUCAGUUGGUUCUGGGAGAAUUUAAAAAUGAAAGGUAUGUGGAAGAGUUUGACAAAUCUGCCCUGCAAGGACUGUGUACCUUGACCAUUGAAGAAUUCAGGUUGUCAUAUUUAGAUGACUUUCCAAAAAAUAUUAAUGGCCUCUUUAAUUGUUUGGUAAAUGUUUCUGCAGUGUCUCUGGCACAUGUGUAUUCAAGGAGACUAGAAGGCCUGCCUAAAGAUUUAAAAUGGCAAUCUUUAGAGUUGGUGAAGUGUAAAGUUAAUCAAUUUCCUGCAUUUUCAAUCCCCUCUCUCAAAAGGUAUAGUUUCACAGCCAACAGAGGUGUGAACAGUUUUACAGACCUUACACUGAAAAACCUUGAAUUUCUAGAUCUCAGUGGAAAUGGCAUGAGUUUCAAGGGUUGUUGUUCUGUGAAAGAUUUGGAAACACCUAAUCUGAAGUAUUUAAAUCUAAGCUUCAAUGAUGUUAUAAGCAUGAGCUCAAACUUCAUGGGUUUGGAACUACUGGAGCGUCUGGAGUUUCAGCAUUCUACUUUGAAACAGACCAGUCAAUUUUCAAUGUUCUUAUCACUCAGCAGACUCCUUUAUCUUGACAUUUCCUAUACUCACACCCAUGUUGCCUUCCAUGGCAUCUUCAGUGGCUUGUUCAGUCUCCAAGUCUUAAAAAUGCCUGGCAAUUCUUUCAAGGACAACACCCUUUCCAAUAUCUUCAUGGAGGUCACUAACUUGACCCUUUUGGACAUUUCAGAGUGUCAACUGGAACAUGUGUCCCAGGGAGUAUUUGACAAACUUCUCAGGCUUCGGGUCCUAAAUAUGAGUAAUAACCACUUCUUAUUACUGGAUGCACUUUCUUUUAAACCUCUCCAUACCCUCCAGAAUCUGGAUUGCAGUUCCAAUAGAAUAGCAUCUUCCAAUGGGCAAGAUCUGCAGCAUUUCCCAAGCAAUCUAACUACCUUAAACCUUACUCAGAAUCCUUUUGAUUGUUCUUGUGAGCACCAGAGUUUCCUGCAAUGGAUUAAGGACCAAAGGCACCUCUUGGUGGAAGCUGAACGAUUGGAGUGUGCCAUGCCUCCAGAUAUGCAGGGUAAGAUGCUGCUGAGUUUUAGGAAUGCCACCUGUCAAAUACCCAAGGUUAUCAUCAUUGUGACAGUGGUCAGUGUCCUUGUGGUGUCUGUUAUAGCAUGUUUGGUCUACAAAUUCUAUUUUCACCUCAUGCUUCUUGCUGGCUGCAAAAAGUAUGGUCAAGGCGAAAACACCUAUGAUGCCUUUGUCAUCUACUCAAGCCAAGAUGAGGACUGGGUGAGGAAUGAGUUGGUAAAGAACUUGGAAGAAGGUGUGCCACCCUUUAAGCUCUGCCUGCACUACAGAGACUUUAUUCCUGGUGUGGCCAUCGCUGCCAACAUCAUCCAGGAAGGUUUCCACAAAAGCAGGAAGGUAAUUGUGGUGGUGUCUCAGCACUUUAUUGAGAGCCGCUGGUGUAUCUUUGAAUAUGAGAUUGCUCAGACCUGGCAGUUUCUCAGCAGCCGAGCUGGCAUCAUUUUCAUUGUCCUGCAAAAGUUGGAGAAGUCCCUGCUCCGGCAGCAGGUGGAGCUGUAUCGCCUUCUCAGCAGGAACACUUACCUGGAGUGGGAAGACCAUGGCCUCGGGCGGCACAUCUUCUGGAGACGACUCAGGAAAGCCCUGAUGGAUGGAAAAUCAUGGAAUCCAGAAGAACAGCAGAUGCAGAAAACAGCCAGAAAGAAGCAGCCACUUUGACCUGAGGAGGAAAAAAGCUCCAGAGACACUUCUUGCCCAGCUAGAGACAAUAUUUGCUCCAUAGCAUGACAGGGAUCAUGCUAUGGGCAAGUGAUUUGAGGACGAGCAAGAUACACAUGACUGCUAAUUUCAUGAAGCUUACAGCGUGGGGUGGCAUAAAUGCUGUGCUAAAAUUCAGAACCUUCCAAGUGUGUUUCAACCAACUAAGCUCGAGUGUCAUGACUAUGGAAGCCUCCAACUCUUUCGCCAUCAAAUUGAACAAGAGGCUGGGUGCCAGAGAGUGCAGGAAAGAGCAUUAUUUUUUUCUGGAGCCAUACGAAUGGGAUCCCUGUCACGUAUUAUGUGUUUUUUGCUAUCUUAAAAGAGUUUGGGGAUGUUUCAACUGAACUGGAUGUUGAUUUAUUCCUUUUAUGUUGAAUAUAAUGGAAACUCUGGAUGAUUCAAAUGGCUCCUAUUUCAGGAUUCCCAUUCCAUUUCAUGUCCAUUUCCUUGGUAUUGUAACUAAUUACUAAGAAAACCUGACAAACACAUGCUCAAAAAUAUCCUGAUCAUUUCUUAGUACAGUCUCAUUAUUAAAUAAUUCCUAAUAAUUUUAUUUUUAUAAAUCCAGUUCUCAUUUCUCAUGUCCUGCCCAUAAACUCACAUCACAAAUAAGGCAGUUAGAGAUAUGCUGGAUAUAUUCAUAUUUAAUGACAAUUUUUCAAGCAAGUAUGUAAAAUACACUCUAUCACUUUGUCACUUGAUGUCAUUCUUAAGUUAUUACCUACUAAGUUAUGGCUGUCAUAAAGACAGCAUUAAAAUAAUUUGGUUGAAAAGGGCAUUUUUUAAUAGGAGGAGAAAAGUCCAACUUGCUGUUCUCAUGAAGAACAGUGAUUUUUAGGUGUGGGAAGGCAAGUGUGAUACCUUGUAAGACCACUUCUCCUUGCUGAUUCCGGAAACAUUUGGGUUAGUAUCGCCAGAGUGACUCCAUGAAAUAAGUUGCAGCAGAGGUUUCCUCUCAGAAUGAGUGUUGUUAGGUGGAAAAUUGGGUCCUUUCAGGGAGCUGUAGAGGGCUGGAAUUCCUCCCUUUCACCCUCUCCAUCAUUGUGAAAUGAUUCAAGAUAGGGUCUAUACACUGCUGCUUCCUGUUGGGUACACUACUGCUUCCUGUUGGGUAUCACUUCCUGACCUCUUUUUUGAAAGAGUAGAUGUAGCCAUUGAGAAAACUGUGUGCCCAGCAUUAAUGGGCUCAUGGUAAGGGGAGUUCCCAGUAGAGUAGUUCACUCCAUUUCUUUAGAAAUAGUACCAAAAAAAAAAAAGAGUAAUGAGGACAUCAUUAGAGAAAUCCAAAUCCAAACCAUAACAGAUAUCACUGUAUACCAGUUAGAAUCGGCAUUAUCUAAUUAAUAUUUAUUAAGCAAAUUAUAUUAAUAUACUUUAUACAUAUAUGCAAAACAUAUUGCAUAUGUAUUUUAUAUAUAAAAUAUAAUUCAUAUGGGUGUGUUGUACAGGAUAAGGAAGAAGUUCUGGAGUUCUUCAACACUAUAAGUGGGAGUAUAAAAUGGUGCUGCCAUUGUAGGAAACAGUGUGACAAUUCCUCAGAAAAAUAAAAAUAGAACUGUCAUGUGAUCCAGCCAUCCCGUUUCUAGAUGUACACCUAAAGAGUUGAAAUCACAAUCUCAAAAAGAUAUCUGCUCUCCCAUGUUAUUUGCAGUUAAUAUUCACAAUAGCCAAAUUAUGAAAACAACCUUAAUGUCUAUUGAUCAAUAAAUGUUUAAAGUGUCCCAUAUUACAGAUAGAUAGAUAGAUAGAUAGAUAGAUAGAUAGAUAGUGGAAUAUUAUUCUGCCUUUAAAAAGAAGAGAACCUUGGUAUUUGCAACAGCAUAAAUAAACCCAGAGGCCUUUAUAUGAGUUAGUCCUAAAGAUCUCCUGUGUAGCAUACUGCCUUUAAUGAACCAUAAUGUUUUACACACUUGAAAAUUUGUUAAAACUGUAGGUCUCGUGUUGAAUGUUCUUACCACUCACACAUACACAAAUGCUUUUUAAAAAUAGAUACAGGAGACUUUUGUAGAUAAUGAGUAUAUUUUAUUACCUUGGUUGUGGUGAUGGUUACUCAAAUACAUGUUUAUGUUCAAACUCA